AUGCCGGAGGUAAACCACAGCUCGGUGUCCGAGUUCAUCUUCAUCGGUUUCUCCACUUUCCCGCGGCAGCUACUGCCUUUUUUCUUCCUGCUCUUCCUGCUGAUGUACCUGUUCACGCUGCUGGGGAACCUGCUCAUCAUGGCCACCGUGUGGAGCGAGCGCAGCCUGCACACGCCCAUGUACCUCUUCCUGUGCGCUCUCUCCAUCUCGGAGAUCCUCUACACGCUGGCCAUCAUCCCGCGCAUGCUGGCCGACCUGCUGUCCGCCCACCACUCCAUCACCUUCCUGGCCUGCGCCUGCCAGAUGUGUUUCUCCUUUACCUUUGGUUUCACCCACUCCUUGCUGCUCACCGUCAUGGGCUAUGACCGCUACGUGGCCAUCUGUCAUCCGCUGCGCUACAACGUGCUCAUGAGUCCCCGUGGCUGUGCCUGGUUGGUGGCCGGGUCCUGGGCGUGUGGUUCUGCGGUAGGGUUGGUGGUGACCACGGCCAUCUUCCGACUCUCCUUCUGUGGCUCGCACCGGAUCCAGCACUUUCUGUGCCACGUGCCCCCUCUGCUGAAGCUGGCCUGUGGCAGCAACGUCCCAGCGGUGGCCUUGGGCGUGGGCUUGGUGUGUAUCACCGCUCUCCUGGGCUGCUUCUUGCUCAUCCUCCUCUCCUACGCCUUCAUUGUGAAUGCCAUCUUGAAGAUCCCAUCCGCCGAGGGGCGGCACAAAGCCUUCUCCACCUGCGCCUCGCACCUGAUCGUGGUCGUGGUCCACUAUGGCUUCGCCUCUGUCAUCUACCUCAAGCCCAAGGGUCCCCACUUCCAGGAAGGUGACACCCUGAUGGCCACCACCUACACGGUCCUCACGCCCUUCCUUAGCCCCAUCAUCUUCAGCCUCAGGAACAAGGAGCUCAAGAUUGCCCUGAAGAAAACUUUCCUCAAGAGACUCCACUCAAAUGCCUGA